CCAAAUAAAGGAACUGGGUAUUACAGGCACAUUCCAACCCACCGGCUGCCAGGCAUGCCCGGCGAAAAUCCCAACCUGCGAGAGGAUGUCCCUCUAAGUGCUGAGCAGCUUGCAUCUGAGCUACAUAAAUUUGAAGAGUACCGCAAGAGGAUUGUUGGCGACAUAGAGAGCCUGGAGGCUCGGCAGCAGCGGCUUAAGGAGGAAACGGAUGAGUAUGGGCAACUCCUAGACAACGUGGACAAGCUUAUUGCGGACGGCACGACGUCUUUUGAAACGCGUGUUGACAUCGGCUGCGAGGUGAGCUGCGCCGCCCGCGUGCCGGAUACCAGGAGGCUGUUUGUGGCAGUGGGCCUGGGCUUUCAUGUGGAGGCGGCGCUAGAGGAGGUGGCGGGCGUGGUGGCGCCGCGAUGCAAGCACCUGGAAAGUCAACUGCAGGAGGUGGCUCAGCAGCUAGAGGACGCAAGAGCAUGCGCAAGCGCUUUUGAUAACUCUCUGCGAAUGCUGCGUGAAGGGGAGGCUGAGGCCGGGUGAUGACGUGGGUGUGCGGACGGUGGGAGGUGGCACCGUCCCAUGCAAGCCGUUGUAGCCUAGGAUGAAAAGGGUUGACACAGUGGAAAAUUGACUACUAGAGUAUAGGGGCACUGCCUUACACUUCCCUGGGUUGCCGCCGGCGAUCGGGUCAGACGGGGUCUAUUCUUAUUGGUUUCAGAGCUGCUGUCGAUCACGACUGGUUUGCUUGCAAUGGUCUUGAAGGUUGAUUAUGGUUCCACCAUAUAGUUGCCACAUGUACAUAACGACAGCAGUUACUAUACUGCUGUGACAAUGCGUUGACGAAAACGGACUUGACAAUGGCAUCGGACAGAAGGCUUGCGGUUUAUUGCUUUCUCUUAUUUAUUUCGCUUGAGACGUUGAACACACACAUAUCAUGCAAUGCUUCCAUUAUUCAGCCGGCUUUGCAGUCGUUCUUUGGCAGUGCAGCUGACGCAACUGCCGACGCUGAAGUGCUUGCCAUGCUGGACUUUGCCAUCCAUAUGCCUCUUUUAAAGCUAAAUGGAACACUUCGAAAAGCACCAGAAUUGGAUGAGCCUGGUGCCGCGGAAUUGGUUAAACAGCUGCUAGCAUUUGGCCAACAGGGCCAGGGCAUCACGAAGGAGUGGGUGGCAGCGCUGAGCCACUUUUAUACCUCGAACGUCGCCAAUAUCACAACAGGGCCCCCAGAUAUGUUAGGCAAGCGUCAGGCCUUCCCUGUCCUCCGCCGCAUGGCGAUGGCACAGUUGGUUAAGGCCUGGCUGACUGGCAUGCAGCGCCAGCUACCUCCUGUCUUGGAGGACUCCUUAAGGCGACUGUUUCACGAGUUCUACGAGGCGCACCGGGUGGUGGCGCUGCGCAAGGGCAUCAUGGAGUACUUCCACAUCUCCAAGUCGGGCGGGACCAGCUGGUGCCAUGCGGCCAAGAACAACGGCUGCCGGGCGCAGAUCUACGACUCGGCCUACAUCUGCCAGAUCAGCCAGUUCGACGACCGGGUGCGCUGGCUCAACAACUCCUUCCACCACCAGCGGACGGGACGGGGAGCUAGGUGGGGCACCUGGGGUCGCGCCCAGCGCGCCACGCAGCAGCCCACCUGCGCCGCCCGCCACGAGUUCGCCGCGCUGAUGGGCUACCAGUACUUUUCGAAUGAGUACGCGCUGCACGAGGGCUUCGAGCGGCCGGAGGAGGUGGGGCUGUGCGAGCAGUUCUUCAAUGUCAUACUCAUCAGGGACCCCCUCCGGCGCCUGCUGUCGCACCUCAAGUUCGUGACCAUGCAAAUGAAGUGGGACUACCGAAACAACACGCUCUUCCACGCCACCUUUGCGGGGGUGGAUGCGGCAUUCUGGGAGCAGUUCGGACCCGUGCUGGUGGACAACUACAUGCUGCGCGGCAUGCUGGGUGAGACGGUGUACCACUGGCCCCUCGGCUCCAUCGGGCCGCAGCAGGUGCAGCAAGGCAGGGCGCUGCUGCAGCAGUACGACAUGGUGAUCGACCUGGAGGCGGGGCACGACGUGAUUGAUGACGUCAUCCAGCUGGGGCUGGGCUGGCCGCACACACUGAGGGAGAUCCACGACAAGGACUCCGCCAAGGCCGCCAAGCUGCUCAACCUCACCUACGAGGACUACCUGCCGCGAGACAUGGAGCGACUCUACGCGCGGCAGCAGCCGGAUGUGGAGUUCUACCGCUUCGGUCGCGUGCUGGUGCGGCUCGACGCGCUGCUCUUCUCCGUCGCUCGGGCACUCGGGCUGCAGCCGCUGCCGGCAUUCGACCUGCAGGCCGCACGCGACAAGCCCAAGGCCAUCCGCUGCGGGCUGCUGCGUCGCGGCCCGCGCCUGACCAACAGCACCGACGACCGCUGGCUUCCCAACGAGUUCCACAACCGGGUGAAUGCGGAGAUGUUGGCGGCCAGGCAGGCGGCGCAGGCCAAGGCGGCGCAGCGGGCGGCCAGGAUAAGGGCAGCGAAGAUGGCGGCCGCGGCGGGGGC